AUGGCUUUAGUUGUGUCGAAGAAGGACCAGGAGGUCGACUAUACCAUCAGGCCUGAAGCUAUCACACCAGCUGUCGAUACCAGCACAUGGCCAUUGCUGCUCAAAAACUACAACAACUUACUCGUCCGUACCGGACAUUUCACGCCUAUCCCCAAUGGCUGCACACCAUUGAAGAGAGACCUCAAAUCAUAUAUCUCCUCUGGUGUGAUAAACCUCGACAAGCCCUCGAACCCUUCCAGUCACGAAGUCGUCGCAUGGGUGAAGCGCAUAGUCGAGAAAACAGGUCACAGCGGUACACUUGAUCCCAAAGUCACAGGAUGCUUGAUCGUCUGCAUAGAUCGCGCAACCAGACUUGUCAAAUCACAGCAAGGUGCUGGAAAGGAAUACGUUUGUGUUAUCAGACUCCACGAUAAGCUGCCUGGUGGGGAAGCACAGUUUGCGCGUGCGCUCGAGACCUUAACUGGUGCCCUCUUCCAAAGACCUCCUCUGAUCUCUGCCGUCAAGCGACAACUCCGUAUCCGAACGAUCCACGAGAGCAAGCUAUACGAGUUCGAUAAUGACAGACAUCUCGGUGUUUUCUGGGUCAGCUGUGAAGCAGGAACAUAUAUCCGAACACUUUGUGUACACUUGGGACUGUUGCUAGGUGUUGGUGCUCAUAUGCAAGAGCUUCGAAGAGUACGAAGUGGUGCUAUGGACGAGCAAGAGAAUAUGGUGACCCUUCACGAUGUGUUGGACGCUCAAUGGAUGCAGGACAAUACCCGCGACGAGUCAUACUUGCGAAAGGUGAUUGCUCCUCUGGAGACUCUUCUUACUACCUACAAGAGAAUCGUGGUCAAGGACAGCGCAGUCAAUGCCGUCUGUUAUGGUGCCAAGCUCAUGAUUCCAGGUCUGCUUCGAUAUGAGGCUGGCAUUGAAGUCCACGAAGAAGUUGUCUUGAUGACCACAAAAGGUGAAGCCAUCGCGCUAGGUAUCGCGCAAAUGUCCACAGUCGAGCUCUCCACCUGUGAUCAUGGCGUAGUUGCCAAAGUCAAACGCUGCAUCAUGGAACGAGAUCUGUAUCCUCGACGAUGGGGUCUCGGUCCUGUAGCCGCCGAAAAGAAAAAGAUGAAGGCCGAUGGCAAACUCGACAAGUAUGGUCGUGCCAAUGAGGCCACACCUGCCAAAUGGACUUCCGAGUACACAGAUUUCAACGCUCCGGCUGAUGGCUCAGUCGCUGCUCCCGUUGCUGAGACCACUACCAAGGCAGACAUUGCGGCUGCACCAGCACUUCCUCCUGUCAAUGCUGAUACCACGGUUGCUGAUGUUUCGAUGAUCAGUAACGGGGUUGAAGAUAGUGGCAAGAAGAGAAAGCGUCACGAGGGUGAGACUGCCGAGGAGAAAGCUGAACGUAAGCGAAAGAAGAAGGAGAAGAAAGAGAAGCGGGCCAGCAAGGGGAAGAAGACCGAGGAGAGUGACAGCGAUUAA